GUCCCGGGGGCCCGGGCCCGGGGCUCCAUGGCCAGGGAGAAGCCGGCCAGCUUCGGCCCCGAGAGACGUCGCCUGGGACCUCAUGUUUGCUUCUCAGGGUUUGGAAGAGGUUGCUGCCCUGGAUGGAUGCCCUCCCUGGGCAGUGGGCAGUGCACCCUUCCCCUCUGCUCCUUCGGCUGCGGCAGCGGCCUCUGUGUCGCUCCCAACGUCUGCUCCUGCCGGGAUGGAGAGCAAGGCCUCACUUGUCCAGAACCGCCCGGGCCUUGUGGGGAAUAUGGCUGUGACCUCACCUGUAACCACGGCGGUUGCCGGGAAGUGGCCCGAGUCUGCCCAGUGGGGUUCUCCAUGACGGAGACAGCCAUCGGCAUCAGAUGUACGGACAUCGAUGAGUGUUUAACUUCCUCCUGCGAGGGCCUCUGUGUGAACACGGAAGGCGGAUUUGUCUGUGAAUGUGGGCCGGGCAUGCAGCUGUCUGCCAACCGACACAGCUGCCAAGACACAGAUGAAUGCUUGGGGACGCCUUGCCAACAGAGAUGCAAGAACAGCAUUGGCAGCUAUAGAUGUUCGUGUAAAACUGGCUUUCACCUCCACGGAAACCGGCACUCCUGUGUAGAUGUUAAUGAAUGUCGGCGGCCCAGUGAGAAGCGCGUCUGCCAACACUCUUGUUACAACACCUUGGGGAGUUUUCGGUGUGCCUGCCGUCCUGGGUUUCGACUCAGCGCAGACAGGGUGUCUUGUGAAGGGUUUCCUAAAGUUGGCCCGGCUCCGCCUGCUCUCCUCCAAUCCCUGCAACAACCUCCGAAGCUGCUGUUACUCAUUCCGGGUUCAGGGCUGCCCGCCUUGCCCUCUCCUCCUUCCCGGGCCCCCGGGCCCCCACCGAUAACUGGAUCCAGGGUCCGUCCCUUACCGACCUCAGCGUUGCCUGCGUUUUCUACCUCGUCCUUCCCUCGCGGGCCCUCUGCCCCUUCGGCCGCGGCCUCUCCGAGCGUUUCCCCGCAGACGGAAAUAGGGUCGACGUCGCCGCUGGCAAAUCUGCCACCCCCUUCGCUCCUCCAAGCCGAGGCAACGGUGACCCCCGCCCCGUCCCCUCCCUCGGUCACUCGACUUUCUCCGACGCCUUCUCGCUGCUGGUACCAGGGAGCAUCCCGUGAACCCGGCAGUCACUGGCUAGAGCCUGGGUGUUCGCAGUGCGUCUGCCAGGAUGGGGAGGUGGUGUGUGAAGUGAUGAAAUGUGAAAUUGCUUGUUCCCACCCGCUUCCCCUCACAGAUGGGGGCUGCUGCCCAACCUGUUCAGGCUGUUUUCACGAAGGCGUGACCAGAGCCGAGGGAGACGUCUUUUCACCUCCCAGUGAGAACUGCACGAUCUGUGUCUGUCUUUCAGGAAAUGUGUCGUGCAUCACCCCCGAAUGUCCCCCUGGUCCUUGCCUGGCCCCUCCACAGUCGGAUUGCUGCUCCUGUGUUCCGGCAAAAUGCUACUUUCACGGCCAGACCUACGCCCACGGAGCUAAAUUCACCGGAGAUGGAGAUGGAUGUACCACCUGCACGUGUCGGAAUGGCGAGGUGGAAUGUUCCUUCACUCCCUGCCCGGAGCUGGAAUGUCCCCGGGAGCAGUGGGUGUUGGGCCCUGGCCAGUGUUGCUUCACCUGUCGAGAACCUCCGUCCGUGACAGGUUGCUCCCUUGACGACAAUGGGAUUGAGUUUCCAAUCGGACAGAUCUGGUCCCCCGGUGAUCCCUGUGAGUUAUGCAUCUGCCAGGCAGAUGCCUCAGUGAGCUGCAAGAGGACCGACUGUGUGGAGACGUGCCCUCAUCCAAUUCGGAUUCCGGGACAGUGCUGCCCAGACUGCUCUGCAGGAUGCACGUACACGGGGAGAAUCUUCUACAACAAUGAAACCUUCCCAUCAGUGAUGGACCCCUGUCUAAGCUGUAUCUGCCUGUUGGGCUCGGUGGCCUGCUCGCCGGUGGACUGCCCUAUCACUUGUACCUAUCCAUUCCAUCCUGAGGGAGAAUGCUGUCCGAUAUGCAGAGACUGCAACUAUGAAGGAAGGAAGGUGAUGAAUGGGCAGACGUUCGUUUUGGAGGAUAACCCUUGUACUCACUGCACUUGUCAGCUCGGGGAAGUAAGCUGUAGAAAGAUCACCUGCCAGCAGGCCUGCACUGACUCCUUGCUGCCCGCUGGAGACUGCUGCUUCACGUGCCAAGAUUUCCUGGUCGCCGUGGAAAGAGUCCCCGAUCCCUCUCCCGUGAAAGGUGCGGCAUUAGGAGGAGCAGCACAGAGCUCACGAGAGACGUCUGGGUCCCCGUUAGGCUUCGGCAAUUGUAGCCUCAGAGCACACCCAACCACCAGGCCUGGCCCAGGGCUUCCGCUGCUCCAGCUCCUGUUGAGAAGGAACCUGUCCAACCUGGCGACUUUUCUCCCUGCCAUGUCGGCCGAUUCGCUCCCGCCUCCGCUGGCGCCAGGCGGUCCGCAGACGCCUCCCUUGGUGUCAGAGACCGUUCAUUUACCUAGCCGGGUUUGCGGGGCCUCCCAACCCCCGCCGGCCUCUCCGGAGGUUUCUUCGACUCCCUCAGGACCAGGGGCUUCCUUUCUACCUCCCUCUUCUCCAGAGGCUCCUCAGGCACUGCCCGGUGUAUCGGGGACUUCCCUUCCGCCUUCCACAACGCCAGGACCCUUGGAAGCCCAUCCAGCCCCCAAGGGUCGUUCUCCGCCCAACGCCGUGACGACAGAAUCCUCCACGCUCUCCAAAGUCAUCCGUAGCCCUUCGAAGCCUCCAGCCACCAGCCCCAGGCCCGUUGGACUCUCUCAGACUCUCUCCAGACUCCUCGGGCCUCCGGCUGCCAGACCGAGUUCAGCCCCCCAGAAGCCUACUAGGAGUCCUUCGAGACAAGAGGAGUCCGGAGUGUAACUUGGCCACCGUAGGAAGGUUUCGAUAGGCAGAAAUGCGGAGAUUGCCCUGCCGAUGGCCCAGUGAGUCUGUAGGGAGACUCUGCAGUAGGAGCCCAGAUGAAGGGAAGAGGUUCCCUUUCUUCUCACAUUCCAUCUGGUCCCCAUGGAGCAAGACGGAAGACUUGGAGUGGAAACCACAGUGAGCUAGACCAGACCUUCCCAACCAAACAAUCACGGAGCAUCUGGGCAGAGGCCUUCAAAGCCAGAAGCAAGCAAUGGCAUCCUUCCUGGUAUUCUCAGGCUGCCCUCCUUUCCCUUCCUCAUCUCUUCAUGAAGAGCAAGAAAUCCGAAAGGACUAGAGGUGGCCAGGCCCUCUUGAAGUGGAGGGAAAGAGGUGAACUAUGCUCAGGGCAGCUUCAGGGACUCCAACUGGAUCUGCAAUUCACUGUGAGCCUGUCUUUCCCAAAGAACUGACCAAAUAAAGAUUCUUCUAUUACCUAA